CUUUUUUUUCUCCUCUCCUUUUUUUUUAAACCAGCAAGAGAGUCCUGAGCAACAAGCAGCGUCAAACCUGCCUGGAAUAGCGUUACUUCAGCGUCAGCCCCUCCGACAGCUUCUCAGAGACACUCAGUCAGACACAGGGCGGCAGCGGGGCUACACUGACUGACACCGAACCGGACUCCCAGAACCCCCCGCGCCACCGGACUCCCAGAACCCCCCGCGAUCCCCCUCUAUCCCGGUUACCGGACUCCCAGAACCCCCCGGGAUCUCCCUCUAUCCCGGUUACCGGACUCCCAGGAUCCCUCUCUCUGCCCCGGUUCCCGGAGCUGCCGGCUGGGAUGGCCUCAGCUCUGUAUGCCUGCACCAAGUGUAACCAGCGGUACCCGUUCGAGGAGCUCUCCCAGGGCCAGCAGUUGUGCAAGGAAUGCAGAAUUGCUCACCCCAUUGUGAAAUGCACAUACUGCAGAUCAGAGUUUCAGCAAGAGAGUAAAACAAACACAAUUUGCAAGAAGUGUGCACAAAAUGUCAAGCAGUUUGGGACGCCAAAGCCGUGUCAAUACUGUAACAUCAUAGCAGCCUUUAUUGGGACAAAGUGUCAACGCUGCACCAACUCAGAGAAAAAAUAUGGGCCCCCUCAAACUUGUGAGCAAUGCAAGCAGCAGUGUGCUUUUGAUCGUAAGGAAGAAGGCAGAAGGAAGGUUGAUGGGAAGUUGCUGUGCUGGCUUUGCACGCUGUCCUACAAACGAGUACUUCAAAAGACUAAAGAGCAGCGGAAAAGUUUGGGCUCCUCCCAUUCCAAUUCUUCUUCCUCAUCUCUUACGGAAAAAGACCAGCCUCACUCCAAACAUCACCACCAUCAUCAUCACCACCAUCACCACAGACAUGGCAGCAGCCACCACAAACUAGGCAGUCUAAGUCCAGAACCAGAGCAGGGAAUUUGGAAACAAAGUCAUAAAUCAACAACCACAAUUCAGAAUGAAACUCCAAAGAAAAAACCUAAACUGGAAUCCAAGCCAUCCAAUGGAGACAGUAGCUCAAUCAAUCAGUCAGCCGACAGUGGAGGUACAGACAACUUUGUCCUCAUCAGCCAGCUGAAAGAGGAGGUGAUGUCUCUGAAGCGUAUGUUGCAGCAGAGGGAUCAGACCAUUCUAGAAAAGGAUAAAAAGCUAACAGAAUUGAAAGCUGAUUUCCAGUACCAAGAAUCUAAUUUGAGGACAAAAAUGAAUGGCAUGGAAAAAGCUCACAAAGAAUCUGUCGAGCAGUUACUGGGCAAAAACAGAGAACUAUUGAAACAAGUCGCCGCUCUAUCAAAGGGUAAAAAGUUUGAUAAAAGCGGCAGCAUACUGACCUCUCCUUGAGGAAAUGUUUCACAGGAAGGACACGGUGUAAUUCUGUGAAGCCCUUAAAAAUAUUAAGUAUGAAGGGAAUCUAUAGUAUCCUUAUAACUAUUUUUAUUUUGUUUGUAAUCGUAAUACUGGACUUUUUAACUGUUUAAACUCCUAUGACAAAAUCAACUUCAGCUGGCUUGAAGACACAAGUAUUUCAUUUCUGCAAGGGAAACUUAUCUCAGCAACUGUGUUCCUUUUUUUAAAAAAAAUACAAGGCAAUAAACAAAACAGGCAAACAUAAAUAUAUCGGCAGGUGUUCUUGUGUCAAUGACAAGUGUUUUUGUUUUUUUUAAUGAGCGUCUUACAUCUGUGCCGAAUGUAGUCUUGGUUUUAGCGGGUAGGUUUUUUUUUUCAGACCUUGAUGAUAUUUUUCCUUUGUGUUACAAUAUGGCAGGAUAAAUCUUGGUGCUUAACCUUGUCCAUGCUGGAGAGACAGACAUUGUGUUAAAAAUAAAUACAGUGUGGUUCCUUCCAGCAUUGGUGCGGUUAAAAAAAACAAAAACUACUGUGUAAAUAAAUCUAGAUUUCAGAUAUCUAUUGAGUAAUUUGUAGUUUCUUUAAUAUAAUAAUGGAAAUCCUAAUUUUAUCAUAAUUGUACAGUGCCUGCUAGGAUUAAAAAGGUAUGUUUUUGUAAGAUCUGUUUUAUCACUUGCAAGUGCCUUUGUUGUAAUUUUAAUUUGUAAAAGUUGUCAGCAUUGGGUGGUGUACAUAUUUUUUUUUUUUCUAUGUAUGUAUCAAAAACCUGUUUGUGUACAUAUACCUAAGAUGAGAAGAGUUUUUUAAAUCCAAGGUUAACAAUGCUCAUUGAUAAGGAACCCCUUAUCUGUAUUGAUAAAUCAUGGAGUCUCAGAUU